AUGUCGGCAGAGGCGGCAUGUUCAGACGACUCGUUUGGGCCCUGGGCCGGUGCGACUUGUCGUGGCGGCUUCGACUUCACACUCCUCUUUGAAGAGACAAUCCUUUCGAUUCUCCCAUCCGUUCUCGUCAUCGUUGUCGCGCCCAUUCCCAUAAUACGGCUGGCGAGAGAGCCCCCAAAAGUGCGAGCCAGUGCCCUCGACUGGUUCAAGAAGAUCUCGUCGAUAUGUUUUAUUACACUCAGCGCUGCUCUGGUCGGCCUUUGGGCGCGCAACUCCACCAUCACGCAGACGCGCGCGUCAACCCCCAGCGCCGUCCUCACAUUCGUGCUGUCGCUUGUUUACGUCCUGCUGUCAACCAUCGAGCAUCGCUUAUCGUUGCGCCCGUCAUCGGUCCUUAGCUUCUACCUGGGCUUAUCCGUCCUAUUCGACAUCGCCCGGACGCGAACCCUUUUCAUGCUCGAAGAUGCCACUCACAGCGCCAUACCACCGGUCUUCGCCUCGAGCUUGGCGCUACGAGUCGUCAUGCUACUGCUCGAGUCCACUGAAAAGCGCUCACUUUUGCUCGCCAAGUACGACAACGCUGCACCGGAAAGUGUUGGAGGCCCGUACAAUCUAGGCGUCUUUUACUGGCUUAGCACACUCUUCUUCACCGGCUAUCGCAAGAUUCUUGAGAUUGGUGAUCUUUACCCACUAGAUGAUGAGCUGCGCUCGACAGGGCUGGCAAAGAAGAUGUCAGAUGCCUGGAGGAAAGUACCCGAUAAGGCGGCACCGAAUGUUCUCUUUGCCACUUGGCUCAAGACAUUCUCCAAGGCGAUGUUCAUGCCUGUUGUCCCCCGUCUCUUCCAGAUUGGUUUCACAUACGCUCAGCCUUUUCUGAUUACGGCUGCAAUCGAGCUUGCCGCAACCCCGCAAACGCAGCCAUAUAAUAACAACGGAUAUGGCCUGAUAGGCGCGUAUAUCCUUGUAUACUCUGGCAUCGCGGUCUCUGUUGGCCAGUACGAAUGGCGCAACUACCGUGCUGCAACGAUGAUGCGCGGGAGCAUCAUACCACUGGUCUACGAGAAGUCCCUGAUACUUGACUCAUGUUCCUCUGCGACAUUUCAUCCCACCGCCGCACUCACGCUUGUAAGCACCGAUAUCGAGACGAUAACCUCCGGCCUGGUCCAAAUACACGAAACUUGGAGCAACUUGGUCGAGAUUGGCCUAGCCAUUUACUUGCUGGAGCGACAGCUGGGUGCUGCCUGCGUGAUGAGUGUUGGUUUCGCGAUAGUCGUCAUGGUCGGUACAGUUUUCCUCGCGAGGCCAACUGGCACACAUCUGGCUGCGUGGAUACAAGCAUCGCAAGUCCGUGUGAUAGAGACAUCAAAAGCGCUCGCCAGCAUCAAGUGGCUCAAGAUCUCUGGUCUGACUGACGUUGCCUUUUCCGUCAUCCAAAAAUUGCGAAAGCAGGAAUUGGUUGUAUCCGAGAAGUUUCGGUACCUCCUCGGACUGUCACUCAUAUUGUCAAUAUGCACGCCCAUCCUAGGCCCUCUCCUUACCUUUGCCGUUUUCGCUGGGAUAGCUGCCCAUGGCGGCUCAACAUUGACAAUAGCCAAGGUCUUUACGGCUUUCUCGAUCAUUGUGCUUCUCAAUAGCCCUCUGGCCAAGAUUGUGCAAGCGCUUCCACAAAUUUCCGGAUCUAUCGCAUCUUUCCAGCGCAUUCAAGAUCAUCUCAAUGCAGAAGAGCGACAUGAUCCUCGGUCGACGACCACCGGCACCAGUCCUGAAAGCAACAACGGUUCCCAGCAAACGCUGUCCGAUAAACAAGCGACUGCUGAUGGCGACACUAUGAUCUCUAUCUCAGGGAAAUUCUCAUGGCGGAGUGAAACUCCUGCUCCUGGAACCGGAAUCACUCUGGUCACAGGAAGCGAUGAGGGACACUUGGCCGACACUACGCCUGACGCGAACGGGGACUCUCGCGACGCCCCAGUCAUCGACAUAUCCCCUCGCCUGGACAUACCCCGCGGCGCACUGACACUAAUCCUCGGUCCUGUCGGAUGCGGCAAAUCUACGCUGCUGAAAGCACUCCUAGGCGAACUCUCGUCGUUUGAUGGCGUAAUUGAGGCCAAGUACUCGGGAGCCGUCACAUACUGCGACCAGAAUCCCUGGUUGCCGAAUGAAACUGUACGAGACAUUAUACGUGGCAGAUCAGCUACCGACACGUCCGAUGCGGACAGUUCCGAGAAAGCAGAUCACGACGAGGACUGGUACCGCGUCGUGGUUAGCGCCUGCGAGCUCCAACGAGACAUGCAAAUUUGGCCACGGGGUGACAGGACGCCUGUAGGUUCCAAGGGAAUCUCGAUGAGCGGUGGCCAGAAGCAGCGAUUGUCCAUCGCGCGAGCUGUGUAUGCCCGGCGCGCGCUGGUCAUUCUAGAUGACGUUUUCAGCGGCCUGGAUGCAAACACUGAAGACGUCGUGUUCGAGAACUUACUGGGCAAUUCGGGAAUUCUUCGCAAGGCGAACAUGACAGUCGUUCUCGCCUCGUCGGAUGUGCGCCGCGUCCCCUUUGCCGACAAGAUCGUGUUACUCAAUCAACACGGCCAAGUGCAGCACACAGGCACACCAGGGGACCUCAAGCAGGUCGCUGAACUGGGAUGGGCCGACCGGGAUCUGGACGCGCAGCAAGAAAAGCCAGGCAAAGACGAACUCAAUCACGAGCAUGGCGAAUACUCCGAAAGCGCACCCGAGAAGCUGCGGCGGUCGCAGACCAACCACGGUGCGGACAACAAUGCCGCCGUACAGGAGGUACUGCAGGCCGUCGAAUCCCAGGCCGACACUGCGAGGCAAAUGGGUGACUCGGCCGUCUACAAGUUUUAUGUCAAGUCUGCUGGCUGGCUCACCAUCACAAUAUUUGUUAUUGCGAUCUGUGUCUACGCCUUCUGCGACUCUUUCCCCAGCGUAUGGCUCAAGUGGUGGGCCGAAGCAAACGAGAAGAACCCAAACUCGGACCUGGGCAAAUGGCUCGGUGUUUAUGCAGUGCUAGGAGUUGGCGCCGUUGCAGCGUGCCUCAUCGGAACAUGGCAGCUCUUCAUCAUCACGAUUAACCGGUCUGGGCUGUACUUCCACAACCUUCUCGUUGAAACGGUAUCCCGGGCGCCUAUGAUGUUCCAUUCAACAACCGACACUGGCAUCACCGUAAAUCGGUUCAGCCAGGACCUGCAGCUCAUUGACAUGGAACUCCCGUCUGCCGCACUGGGAGUCGUUAUGGCACUGUCGUUCGGCAUCGCUCAGUUCAUUUUGGUCUGCGUUUCCUCCAGAUAUAUGGCGGCUCUGCUGCCAUUUCUGCUCGCAGUGCUGUACGCCAUUCAGCACUUUUACCUCCGCACCGCGCGACAGCUUCGACUUCUCGACAUCGAAUACAAGGCACCGCUAUACACACAACUCAUGGAGACCAUUUCUGGUGUCGUUACCAUCCGGGCCUUCCGAUGGGAAACUCAGUCUACAGAAAAGGCAAUGCGAAUCCUAGAUACGUCACAGAAGCCCAGCUACCUCCUAUUUUGCGUGCAGAGAUGGAUCACCUUCGCUGUCAACAUGGUCAUCAUGAUGCUCGCCGUCAUCCUUAUUGUGCUCACGACCACCCUACGCGAGGCGAUUGGGCCAGGGUACGUUGGCAUUGCCUUGAGCAACAUUCUGGCAUUCAGUGCAACGAUGCAGGCAACAAUCACGAGUUGGGUGACGCUCGAGAUCGCAUUGGGAGCGGUAGCCCGAAUUCGAAGCUUUUCGAUGCAAGUUCGAAGUGAGGACGACGAGGCCAGGGACGGCCUAGCAAAGGCUGGCCUGGACGCGCGGCUGGUGCAGCCCACUCCAGAGACUGUCGGAGAACGGUGGCCCAGCCAAGGGCGCAUAGAGCUCGAUAACGUCACGGCGUCAUAUCCGUCUUCUGGACGAGUAUUGCACAACAUCACGAUGAUCAUUGAACCAGGGCAAAAAGUGGCAAUCUGUGGGAGAACGGGGAGUGGCAAGUCAUCGCUAUUCCUUAGCCUUCUCGGACUGAUCGCUCAAGACUCUGGUUCAAUCACCAUUGACAGCGUGGAUCUGGCGACCUUGCCGAGGGAAUACCUACGGUCGCAGAUCGUUGCAGUACCACAAGAGGCCUACAUUCUCGACGGCACCGUGCGACUCAAUGCUGACCCGUAUCACAACAAAGAGACGCUUGGGAGUACAGACCCUCCUGACUCGCGUGAUGAGCAGAUCAUCGACGUACUGAAGCGAGUUGGCUUGUGGGAGAAGAUUGCAACUCGUGGCGGCCUUGACAUGGUCAUUGACGACAAAUUCCUGUCCCAAGGACAGGCCCAGCUAAUGGUGCUUGCGCGAGCAAUGCUUCGGAGAGACGAAAGUCGGGUACUAUUGCUUGAUGAAGCAACCAGCAGUUUGGAUGAGGCAACCACAACACUGAUCGACGAGAUUGUGAGCACAUGGUUCAAGGACUGGACAGUCCUUGCCAUCGCGCAUAAACUCGACGCGAUCCUUGACUACGAUCGUGUAGCAGUCUUGGAUGCUGGUCGUCUUGUCGAAUACGAUCAGCCACGGGAACUUCUGCAGCGGCCAACAUCCAUCUUCAAAGAAUUGUACCUGCUGUCGACGAACCAAGCGUCACUCUCGUCUCCAGACUCUAAUUAA